AUUUUUAUUCAUUGACCCUUAGGAUCAUUUACUUUCUCAUUCUUUUAGAUCUACAGUGAAAAUACUGCCUGCCCUUGUUGCCUUUUCCUCAGAUUCUUCAUUCUUCUUGUUGCAAUUUGCUGCCUCAACUUUACUUUAAGGCUUUCACUUGAUUUGGAACUCUUUGUCGGGAGAGUGAAGCGAGCACUUUUAUUGAAGUGCUGGGAACUGAUUUUGGAACAUCAUUUCAACUCCACUUGGUCAGAUGUGCAUAUUUAGCGGAAGAAGCAAUUGUGGUAGCUGUUUAAUUUUCACCCUAAUCGUUACAUAAGAACUACGUUCAACUUUUUUAUGGUGGAUAUGGAUUGCGAAAUGGAGAAUGAACACAGUGAAGAAAUGGACAUGGAAGUCCUAUCUUCCAUGUGGCCGGAAGAUAUUAAUGAAGAAGGGAAAAUGUUUAAUUUAGAGAAGCCAGGAGCAGAUCAUGAUAUGUUGGAGGGGGUUAAGUCCAAGGAGGAGCCUGCUGCAGUUGAUUUUAAUCGUCUUGUUGAUCUCACAACCUAUAGUGAAAAGGGUUCAUCACAGUUGUCCAAUCUUGUAAAAAGCUGGGAGUAUAAACAGGCUAAUGCCGUCCGGCUUCUGAGAGAAGAGCUUGAUAGCCUUAGUAAGCAGCAGAAGAAAGUUGAGCUUAAAAAAUUAGAAAUGAUAGAAGAGCACCGAUUUGAAGAACAUAAAUAUGGUGGCAAUAAGCGUCCUGUGUCUGUAUUGGAUGAGGUCUAUGAUAUCUGGCAAGAAGUUCCUCGGAGAAAAAAUGAUGUUGUAGUUCAUGAUCAAAGACCAGAAAUAGAGGCAGAGUAUGACACUAUCAUAUUUUGGAAGCAGCGAGCUAUUCAUCUGGAGAAAUUGUUGGAGGCAAGCAUGCAGAGAGAGCAAAUAGCGCUGGAGAAGUUGCAGGAGAGCAUACAAAGUCUAGAAAGGCAGUCAUCCCCAGUGGAAGAGUUGUCCCAAGUCUUGAGAAGAGCAGAUAAUUAUUUGCAUUUUGUUCUUCAAAAUGCACCUGUAGUCAUUGGUCAUCAGGAUAAUGAGUUGCGCUACCGCUUUAUCUAUAAUCAUUUUCCAAGUUUAGGAGAAGAGGAAAUUAUAGGAAAAACCGAUGUUGAAAUUUUUGCUGGAGGUGGAGUCAAAGAGUCUCAAGACUUUAAACGAGAAGUAUUGGAGCGUGGAGUAGCUGCAAAAAGAGAAAUCACAUUCGAGACAGAACUGUUUGGGUCAAAGACAUUUUUAAUAUAUGUAGAACCUGUGUUCAGCAAAGCUGGAGAGACUAUUGGUGUAAAUUAUAUGGGAAUGGAUGUUACGGAUCAGGUUAGAAAAAGAGAGAGGGUGGCACAACUUCGAGAGGAGAUAGCAGUACAAAAGGCCAAGGAGACUGAACUUAACAAAUCAAUCCAUAUUACAGAGGAAACUAUGCGAGCAAAACAAAUGCUUGCAACUAUGUCACAUGAGAUAAGAUCUCCACUAGCAGGUGUGGUAAGUAUGGCUGAGAUCCUUUCAACAUCAAAACUUGACAAGGAGCAACGACAACUUUUGAGUGUCAUGUUAUCUUCUGGAGAUUUGGUCCUACAAUUGAUUAAUGACAUCCUUGACCUUUCCAAGGUUGAAUCAGGAGUUAUGAGGCUGGAAGCUACCAAAUUCAGGCCAAGAGAGGUAGUAAAGCAUGUACUCCAGACAGCUGCAGCAUCAUUACAGAAGAUAUUAACAUUAGAAGGGCAUAUAACUGACGAUGUUCCUGUGGAGGUCAUUGGAGAUGUUCUACGGAUUCGUCAAAUUCUCACCAACUUGAUCAGUAAUGCUAUCAAGUUCACUCAUGAAGGAAAGGUUGGGAUAAAGCUUUAUGUUGUAACCGAUCCAUGUGCUUGUAAGCAAGGAGACUCUCCCAAUAUUAAAUAUAAAGAAGAGCAAAGUGCUCCAGUAAAAGGAAGUCAUGAUCACAAUAUCCAAUCAACGUCCAAGUGUAGAUGCGAUCAGAAAGACUUUGAUGGACAGAAACAAGGGGAAGUUCCUUGCCAAUGUCGUGCACACAAUGACGAAACCAGGACCUCGUUAGAAAAUGGAACUUCAACAAAUGGAGAUAGAGAGGAAUACCUUCCUCAUGAAACAACAGUGUGGAUACGAUGUGAUGUACAUGACACUGGGAUUGGAAUACCAGAAAAGGCUUUACCAACCUUGUUCAACAAAUACAUGCAAGCCGGUGCAGACACUGCUCGGAAGUAUGGUGGGACAGGACUUGGUCUCGCUAUAUGCAAACAGCUGGUUGAACUAAUGGGUGGGCAACUUACUGUCUCAAGCAAAGAGCAUCAGGGAUCUAUCUUUACAUUCAUACUACCUUAUAAAGUUUCAACCAUGUACGAUUGUUCAGAUGAUCCUGAUGAACUUCAAGACAUGAUGGGGCAUGAUGCAGCAAAUGAUAUGAAUGAUGAUGAUGCAAAUUCUGGUUUCUUUAAGUUCCAGCCUAGAACUUUGGGACCUAUAUUUUCUGCUAGUGGCCCCGGCAGAAGUCAAACUUUAAGACCUAAUGGUUUUGGGCUUGGUGCAAUACAUACACGUACUGCGUAUCCCCAAGAUUCUUCUUCGUUCCCCUCCGGUAACAACACGCCAAAGGAGAUAUGUUUAAUAGAAGAUGCAUGUUCGGAGGUUGAUGUUACUGAGACAUCACCAGAGCCAGAAAGUUCUUUAAUGUAUAGUCCUGAGUGCAAUAAUAAAAAUUCUAUUGUUAAUGAACAGAUAAAACAUGACGACGAAAAUAGUCAACUUAAGAUCUCUAGUAUAAAUACGUGCUCUUCCUCCCAAAGACGCAAAGGUGAUCUUGAUAUGACAAAGAUAAGUGAUCCCCGGGAAAUGUGUCAGAUGCAAACGAAGUCAGAGAGGAGUUCUGAAUGCACUUCCAAUGACAGCAGAGACAUUCCCAAAACAACAUCAAAACCUAAAAUCCUUCUCGUAGAAGAUAGCAAAAUUAAUGUGAUGGUUGCACGUUCGAUGAUGAAACAGCUGGGUCAUGAAAUAGUUGUUGUUAACAAUGGAGUCGAAGCAGUGCGGGCAAUUCAUAGCAGUCACUUUGAUAUCGUUUUUAUGGAUUUGUACAUGCCACUUAUGGAUGGCCUUGAGGCCACAAGACUGAUCCGUUCCUUCGAAGAAACAGGCAACUGGGAAGCAGCAAUUAAGGCAGGGGUGGAAUUUGAUGUUUCACAUUCAAAUUCAAUUACGAAUGGACAACAAUCUUUGUCUUCCAGAAAGAGAAUUCCUAUCAUUGCAAUGACAGCAAAUGCAUUAUCAGAGAGUGCAGAUGAGUGUUACGCAAAUGGUAUGGACUCAUUUGUAUCAAAACCUGUCACACUUAAUAAUCUAAGACAAUGUUUUCAAGAAUAUUUACCACCGUCCUUGUAAAUUACCAAAUGAAAUGUAUCUGUAUAGAUAUGAUUGUUAUAGGAAAGUUUUGUAAUUCAUGUAUCAUAUUCCCCUCAGCCUAUUAGUUUCUACAAGUUCCUUCUCAUAGAUGUAGGUAAAGAGUUAACCUAGUUUUCGUUUAUUCUGAUGAAACUGGUGGAGAUAUUGACCA